AUGGCCCUCCUGACCUUGGUCCUGGUGCUCGCCGCCACCUUCGCCGCCUACCGCUACUACUUUCACCCGCUGCGCCGCGUCCCCGGCCCGCUGCUGGCCAAGUUCACCGACGCCCAGCGCUUCUUCGACACUGCGGGCGGCCGGGCGGAACUGACGCACCGCCUGUUGCACGCCAAGUACGGCCCGGUCGUUCGCAUUGGCCCAAACACUGUCAGCUUGAGCGACCCGCAGUGCAUCAAGCUUAUCUAUUCCAACAAGGCAAACUUUCCGAAGAGUGACUUCUACGCCGUCAACGACAUAACCCAAGGCGAUCAGCGCGUCUGCACCCUCUUCGGCACCCGUGACAAUGGCUUGCACCAGAAGCUGCGCGCCCCGGUGCAGAAGUAUUACAAGGUCUCGGCGCUGCUGAAGCUGGAGCACCGCGUCGACAGCGUGGUUGAGGAUUUCUGCGCGAAGCUGGAAGAGCGCUUCGCGAAGCCGGGGAAGGCGUGCGAUAUCGCCGAGUGGUUCCUCUUCUAUGCCUGGGACGCCAUCGCGGACGUCACUUUCAGCAAACCGAUCAAAGAGGGCUUCUUGAACAAGGGAGGCGACAUCGACGACCUGCUUUCCACCGCCGAGCAAGCGCUCGACUACUUCGCCGCCGUCGGCCAAAUCCCCCUCCUCGACGAGCUCCUCGACAAGAACCCCAUCCACCGCAUGGGCCCGCCCUCGUUCCAAGCCGCGGCCGACUUCUGCGUCAAGAAGCUCGUCGCGCGCACCACGGGCGCCGAGACCAACGACACGGACAACCAAGACUACCUCGACCACUUCCUCGCCAUCAAGGCCGAGGCCGACGCCGCCAAAGCCGCCGGCCACCAGCAAGAAGAAGCAGCAGCGGACCGCGACGCCGACAUCACCGACGCCACCGUCGUCGGCUGGAUGCUCCUCAACAUCCUCGCCGGCGCCGACACCACCGCCACCACCCUCGCCGCCGUCCUCUACCACCUCCUGCGCAACCCCCGCGCCCUCGCCCGCCUGAGGCGCGAGCUGGACGACGCCGGCCCUGCCACUGCUGCGGUGUGGCGCUACGAAGACGCCGUCCGCUUGGAGUACCUCGACGCCGUCGUCAAGGAGGCGCUGCGCGUGCAUCCCGGCGUGGGGCUGCCGCUCGAGCGCGUCGUGCCGGCCGGGGGGCUGGCGCUGCCGGAGGACGGUAGUAGUGCUGGUGCUGGCAGUGUCGGGUUCCUGCCGCCGGGCACGAUCGUGGGGAUGAACGCGUGGGUGGUGAACAACGACAAGGCCGUCUUCGGGCCCGACGCGGACAGCUUCGUGCCCGAGCGGUGGCUGCGGGCCGCGGCCGACGGCGAGGACGAGCGGCAGUGGGAGGAGCGCGUGAAGCGGAUGAAGGACGUCAUGUUGAGCUUUGGCGCGGGCAGGCGCGUGUGUCUGGGGAGGGAGUUGAGUCUGUUUGAGAUUUACAAGGUCGUGCCCACGGUGUUGGGGCGGUUCGAUUUCGAGUUGGUGGAUCCGAAGAAGGAGUGGGAAUUGACGAAUUCAUGGUUCGUGAGGGUGAAGGGCGUGGAUGUGAAGAUCAAGCCGAGAGUGACGCCGAACUGA